UCUCUCUCUCUCUCUCGCUAUAUACCAAGCCUCAACUCUAUCUCUCUUUUAUCACAAUUAAACUCUUCUGUUCUUCUUCUUCUUCUUCACCACCGUCUCCACAACCAUGUCUGCCAAAGACUGUGGAAACCACGGCCACAAGCGGCGAAAACUCUUCAGGAGAAUAUUCGCCGGCAUACUAAUCUUCCUCUUCUUAGUCCUCGUCACAAUCCUCAUAGUCUGGGCCGUACUCCGUCCAAGCAAACCAAAAUUUGUCCUCCAGGACGUCACCGUUUUCGCCUUCAACGCUUCCACUCCCAAUUACCUAACUUCCAACUUCCAAAUCACAUUCUCUACACGAAACCCAAACGACAAAGUGGGUAUCUACUACGACAAGCUGGAUGUGUACGCUACUUAUCGUAACCAACAGAUCACUCUCCGAUCAGCAAUCCCUACAAAUUAUCAAGGACACGAGGAAAUCAAUGUCUGGUCUCCUAACAUCUAUGGUACUGCUGUUCCUGUUGCACCGUACAACGCUGCCUCUCUAGCACAAGAUCAGAACGCGGGUGCUGUUCUUAUGAUGAUUAAAAUGGAUGGACGGGUGAGAUUUAAAGUUGGUACUUUUGUUUCUGGACGAUAUCAUCUGUAUGUUAAAUGUCCUGCUUAUAUCCAAUUCGGUAGCAGAACUGCCGGAAUUAUUGUCGGUGAAAACUCCGUUAAGUAUUCACUUCUAGUCAGCUGCAGUGUAAGUCUUUGAAGAUGCAUAGAAAGAAAGAAAGAUUAUUUAUGACAUGUAACGCCGUUUAAGUUUUUCUUUUUCUUUUCCCCCUUAAAAUUUUUAUGUUAUUAUAUGAAAUUGAUGGCCGUCUGUUUUAGAUUUAAAUAUAUAUUAUGUUAUAAAGGCUUUCAAGUGUA